CUGAGAGAGGGGAGAGAGAGAGAGAGAGAGAGAGAGAGGAGAGAUGAGGAAAGAAUCUGUACACGGUCUCUCUCUUUAGCUUCAUUUCCUAUUAUUGGGUAUUAUUAUCAUUGGAUUUUGAUUUGCUUAGCAAUUUCCAUUUAUGGAAGUCUCAGAUUCUUAGAUCUCUGUUCUUUGAUCUGGUUUUUUCAACCCUUUUUUUUUCUUUUUUUUUUUUUUUUUUCAAUUUCUGUAAUCAUCACUUUUUGAUUCAACCAUGAUCAUUCAUAACCCAAUAGAGCAUUUUCCUUCACAUUCUCGGGAAAAUUGGACUGCUUUCUCUCUCUCUUCUCUCAUUUCUAAUAAUACCCAUUAGUUAUUUCUGCUUCUUCAGAUCUAAGCUCUUGGCUUUGUACUUCUUAUUCAAGAUCUAGCUAAAAAUUUUAGAGUUCUAGAUCUGGGUUGCGUUCUGUAUCAAAAUCUCUCAAUUUUUUCUUUUCGAGAUUGAAUGUGUAUUAUCCCCUUUAGUAUAGAGAGAAAAAAAGAAUGAAUUAUUUCCCAGACGAGGUAUUAGAGCAUGUGUUCGAUUUUGUAACAUCACACAAAGACCGCAACGCGUUGUCUCAAGUAUGUAAAUCAUGGUACAGGAUCGAAAGCUCUAGCAGGCAGAAGGUGUUUAUAGGAAAUUGUUAUGCGAUCAGCCCAGAGAGAGUGAUCGAGAGGUUUCCUGGUUUAAAGUCCAUUACUUUGAAGGGAAAGCCUCAUUUCGCUGACUUCAAUCUUGUCCCACAUGAUUGGGGAGGCUUUGUUUAUCCCUGGAUCGAAGCGUUCGCGAGGAACAAGGUAUGCUUGGAGGAGCUCCGGCUGAAGAGGAUGGUGGUUUCCGAUGAAAGCUUGGAGCUGCUCUCGAGGUCUUGUGCGAAUUUUAAGUCUUUGGUUCUUGUUAGUUGUGAAGGUUUCACCACUGAUGGGCUUGCUGCUAUUGCUGCUAAUUGUAGGUUUCUUAGAGAGCUGGACCUGCAAGAAAAUGAAGUUGAGGAUCAUAGAGGCCACUGGCUUGGUUGUUUCCCUGAUAACUGUACAUCUCUCAUAUCACUUAAUUUUGCUUGCCUCAAAGGAGAUAUUAAUUUGGGAGUUCUAGAGAGACUCGUAGCAAGAUCUCCAAAUCUCAGAAGUUUGAGGUUAAAUCGAGCAGUUCCACUUGAUACACUUCAGAAGAUAUUGAUGCUAUCGCCUCAGUUAUUGGACUUGGGUGUAGGAUCUUGUGUGCAUGAUCCAGAAUCUGAAACCUACAACAAAUUAGUGACUGCCAUUCAAAAGUGUAAAUCAGUCAGGAGCUUGUCCGGGUUUUUGGACGUCGCUCCUCACUGCCUACCAGCUUUUCACUUGAUUUGCCCAAACCUGACCUCCUUGAAUCUGAGCUAUGCUCCAGGAAUUCAAGGUAGUGACCUUACAAAGCUAAUUCGCCACUGUAGGAAACUCCAGCGCUUAUGGAUACUAGACUGUAUUGGAGAUAAAGGACUAGAAGUUGUGGCAUCCACUUGUAAGGAUUUGCAGGAACUGAGGGUUUUCCCUUCGGAUCCUUAUGUUGGAAAUGCAGCAGUGACGGAAGAAGGCUUGGUUGCUAUUUCCAGUGGUUGUCCUAAGCUUCAUUCAAUUUUAUACUUUUGUCAGCAGAUGACAAAUGCAGCCCUCAUAGCAGUCGCCAAGAACUGUCCGAAUUUUAUCCGCUUCAGGUUGUGUAUCUUGGAUCCCACAAAACCAGAUGCUGUGACCAUGCAGCCAUUAGAUGAAGGUUUUGGGGCUAUUGUUCAUUCAUGCAAGGGUCUCAGGCGACUGUCACUUACUGGUCUUCUGACUGACCAAGUUUUCCUUUACAUUGGAAUGUAUGCUGAACAACUUGAAAUGCUUUCAAUCGCAUUUGCUGGGGAUAGUGACCAGGGGAUGCAGUACGUGUUAAAUGGUUGCAAGAAACUUCGUAAAUUAGAGAUCAGGGACUGCCCUUUUGGCAAUGGAGCACUUCUUAUGGACGUGGGAAAGUAUGAGACAAUGCGAUCCCUUUGGAUGUCGUCCUGUGAAGUUACACUUGGAGGCUGCAAGACCCUAGCAAAGAAGAUGCGACGGCUGAAUGUAGAGAUUAUGAACGAAAACGAGCAGGCAGAUUUUGGUGCCGAUGAUACACACAAAGUAGACAAGAUGUACCUAUAUCGAACAUUGGUCGGUCAGAGGAAAGACGAACCAGACUUUGUGUGGACAUUGUAGGUGAAUUUGGGUGCAUCUUUAUGGCACAGCUGAAGAUUAUUUUCUUUGUUAUUAAGUAGUAGUUUCUUUAGGACAGUGAGUUUUAUGGACUUUUAGCCUGUUUGUUUCUAGAGGCAGCAAUGCUACUGUUUAAUUUAUCAGAGAUUUGGUAUUUGUAAUCUUUGUUAUUAUAAAUAGAACUUCGUUAGUAUUGGCAAAAAUCUGCCAGCUUCAGAUA